AUGCAAUAUUUAAUAUCGGAAGAUAAUCAUCGUUUUUACAUACGAGAAUUAAAGUCAAUCGUCCAAGAGAGUGAAGCAAUCAUAACGGUAGGAUCUAAAGUGUUAUUCUAUGAUCCUGAAAAUGUGAGUCAAAGAAAACAAAAAUUAUUGAGUGGAAUAGUUAUAAAAAUGUCUCGAUCGGAAAAAUUACUUAAAAAUGAAUUAGAUAAAAUCGUGUUGCAAAGGGAAAAAGUUCAAGGGAAACCUGACAAAAGCACUCCUGAUAAAUUAAGUCAGAAAAAAUUUGUACAACCAGCAGAAAAAGGGAAAAAAAUUAAUACGAAAGAUCCGCAAAAAGAAGUCCAACGUAUCAACAGCUAUCGAAAUAUGGAAUAUCUUCAAAAAAAUAAACCGCACUGGAGAUUUAAUCUACCAUUCAAUCAAGAAUUUGAUGAAGAAUCUCAAAAAGCAAAUAACCCAAUGUUAACUGACGUACUAUUUAAAACAAAUAAUAUAAUAGAUUUCCUCGGUUGUUCUACUGUUACCUCUUCAAACACAAAUUAUGCGACUAACUCACAAGGACUUUUAAUUAAACAUCCUACUGAUCUACAACAGCAUCAUCUAUUCCAGUUUUCGAAUCCUUCUAACUCUUUGGAAUGUCUCACUUCUGAUGAUAAUAAUAAUUCAUCAGAGAAUUGUCAACAACAAAUUUCGCCAGUUUCAACAGGACACCAGAGUAGAGUUUUAGAUCUGCGUGACUCACGUCAACAGAAUUCCGAAUAUCAUCGAAAUCCGUCAUUGAUAUCAUUUUAUAAUCACGAAGCAUCCAUGUUAAGUCGCCCCAAACCGAAAAUCAUGAACACUCAAAACCUAUCUAACCAAUUACAAAAACUUCAUCCUACACAGAAAGUAAAAAAUAAUUAUAAUAAUUAUCGAAAUCCACCAACUAAAAAUUUUCAAGGAUUACCAAUCCCUUCGAUGGGCCAGAGUCAGAUUCGUACUUUUCCAACAAUGGACCCUGAUAAUUUACCACCUGUAUCAAUGAAUAAAUCUACAGAAGAAUCUCCAACAUAUCGUCACAAUUUAUCUUCAGCUCAUUUUUCUCAUCGUGAACCUCACCAAACAAGUCAAGUAUAUUAUAAUCAACCAAUCUCGCACAAAAAUGGAUCAUCAGCAGUGAAUAAUCAUUAUGAUUUACCCCAAUAUCGUCAACACUCAUCAGAACAUGAAUACGCAGCUAUCGCCGACCCUGAAUUUUAUGAGAUCCCAUCAGAACAACUCUGA